UUAAAAUAAUAUCUAAUUCAAAUAAAUACUAAAUUACCAUUAAAAUGAACCCAUUGACGAAUAUGAGAAAUGUGAAAAAACUGAGUGAACAAGAACUGCAACGUCUACCUAAAAGUUCUUGGCAUGAUGAGUAUAAAUCAAGUGCAUGGAUAUUUGUUGGCGGCUUACCAUAUGACCUUUCUGAAGGAGACAUUAUGGCUAUAUUUUCUCAAUAUGGAGAAAUUACUAACUUAAAUUUAGUACGUGAUAAAGACACAGGAAAACAAAAAGGAUUUUGUUUUGUAUGCUAUGAAGACCAAAGAAGUACAAUAUUGGCAGUAGAUAAUUUCAAUGGUACCAGAGUUUUGGGUCGUAUAUUACGUGUUGAUCAUGUUAAAGAUUACAAACCACCAAAAAAUUCAGAACCUACCAGUAAGAUUAAAAUUGAAAAAUUAGAUGAUGAUUUUAAGGUUAAAAAUGAAUUUAAAACUGAAAUUAAACAAGAAAUACUUUCACCUCAAAUAAAAAGAGAAAUUCUUACCCCUGAUAUCAAACGUGAAAUUUGCUCUCCAGAAAUUAAACGAGAAAUAUGUACUCCAGAAAUCAUUAGAAGCCCUGAUUAUGAGAGCAAUAAAAAAAAAAAAAAAUCUAAAGACUAUGACAAAAAAAAUCACAGACGGGAUAAAUCUAAAGAAAAAGAUUUGCAUUAUAAACAUCAAAGAGAAAGAUCAAAAGAAAAGUAUAAAAAAAGAUAUAAAAAUGAACGAGAUAAAUCUUAUGAAAAAGAAAAAAGUAGUAAACGAUCAAGAUUUAGUCUCAGUCAAGAAAAAGAUUUAAAAGUAAAAUCAUAUAAAGAGCAAAAUAAUCGAGAUUAUUCAAGAGAAAGAGGUAGAAAACCUUUUAAAAAUGACAGAAAAGAAUACAAAAAUAAAGAUUAUUAUGAGAAAAAUAAAAGGAAACAUUAAAAAU